AUGGGGCCGCCAGCCGGGAGGGCCGCCAUCCCCCUGUUCAUGUACAGCAUAGCAACCACGGCGAUCGUUUACCAAAACUACAUUUUCAUCGCCUUCCUGUUUAAGAAGUAUAGAGCGUAUGAGUGGCUGUGCAGAGGAGAGAGUGACCCCCUGGGGGGCGACUUCUUCGUGUGCAAGGAGCAGGAAAACUACAUCCAGUUUCUGCUAGUGUCAGGCCUAAUCAUUCAGUUCAUUUCUGGGUCCGUUGGAAGUUUCCUAAUAAAUGUUUUGCCGAAGAAGAAGUACGUGUCGCGCGUGGCCUUCGCCUUUUUGUUCGCGGGGUGGACUCUGCUGAGCGUCGCCCUCUCCUAUUCGAAGCAGCGCAUGCAGGGGUACUCGCAGACUGGGGAAAGUGGUGGAAGCGGCGGAAGUGGCGGAAGUGGCGGAAGCGGGGGAAGCGGCGACGGCUUGGGGACCCGCCGCUUAAACUUCCAAACCAUUUCGCUGCUCUUCAACUUGGCCUUCGCCUGCUUCGGCAUCGGGUCGGACAACUCGUACCUGCCCAUCAUAUACUACGUUAAUGAGAAGUACCCAGUGGAGCAGGGUGGAGGCGAACGUAACUGCGUGGGAGGUGAACGUGGCGAGAGCAAACUGAGCGCCCUAAGAAACAUUUUGAAGAACAAAAACUACAUCCUCAUCAGCACCAUGUCCUCCCUGGCCGUGCUGAGCCUGUUCGUGGGCAACGCGCUGUUGGCCGCGCUCAACGCGUUCGAGGGGGAAAACAACAUCACCGUGGUGGUGGCUCUGUACAUUUUGGCGUGCAUCGUGCCCUCGUUCUUCAUUGCGAAUUUGCUGGAUGGGGGGGAGGUGGCAACGAACGAGAAGAUACCGACCAACCAGGAGGUGGCAGCAAACGAGAAGAUCGCGCCAAACCAGCAGAUACCGCCAAACCAGCGGACCGCCCUGAUGUGCGGAAAUAUCCACGUGGAGGCCCUGAAGAACCAAGUGAAGUCCCCAUUUUACCAAUUCAUCGUGGUCGAGUUCUUCAUCAUAACGUUCAGCAUUUGCUACUUCAUGUUCUCCCUGUUCGACAUUUACGAGCACAGCGUAUUCGGGGACACGCUGAACGUCUACUCCCUCGUGUUGCCAUCAAGCUUUAUCAUCACCUUAACAUUUGGCAUAAUAGCUGACAUUAUAGGCAUAUACAAUUUCAUGAGCUUCAAUUUGCUUUUGGGCAUUUCAGUUUUUUCUUUAAUUUGGGUUUACUACAAAAUGAAGAGUGUAUUCAUUGGCUACCUAUCCUUGAUCGUUUAUUUUUUCCACCAAAGUUUUUUUGCAAACCACAUGUACAUGUACAUGUCGACUGUGUUUCAGGAAAACAAUUUUGCAGUCCUCAUUGGAAUAAUUAACGCAUUCGCGUCUGUUGCCUUUUUCCUCUCCUUUAAAUCCUUCGAAUAUAUUAAGUACCACGGGGGGCCUGUCCACUCCCAGGUGCUUACCCAAGUGGUCAUUCUUUCCUACGUGCUGUUGUUUCUUUUUCACGUUUUUUACAUAAAGAGGAAGGCUGCAAGUGGGAAGUUCAUGACGACGAAGGGGGGAGCUUCCGAACUGGCACAAACUAAUGUGUAA